ACCCCCUAACCUCCAGAGUGACGUCACAGCGGAAAAUGACGCCAACAUUGUCUUCGCUCGGCUUCUGUGCCUUUUUAUCAUGAUGGGGGCAGAAGGAGAGACCAGGCGGACGCCAGCAGGCUUCUCUAGCGCCCACUGACACCUCGACGGCCGGCAGGAGGGGACAGGAGACACCCGCACGCUGCCGUGGAGAGAAGCUGACGUCCGGCAUCAGCGGUUGAAGAUCCAGUCCGAGGCCAUGUUGACUUUUCACGGCCUCCUCUGCGCUCUGGUCCUGGCCACGGUCCUGCUGCUGGAUCCCAUGCCCCCAGUUUACGGUCAGGAGGAGUCUCCUGCUCAGGUGCUGUCAGACCUGCUGUCUCGCUACGGGGACAACAGCACCAUCAGUGUUCCUCAGCUGCGCUCCCUGCUGGGGCUCCUCAGUCAUGUAGCCACGCCUCCCAGGUCAAACAAGUCCAAGUGUCUACCUGCAGACACCCUGGCCCUCUACAGCAUGGACGAGCACUCACGUCUGGAUGGGUGGGGCUUACACACCUUGUGUCCCACCUUGCUGCAGCAGCUAGAUGCAGGCACCUGCCGGGCACAGAAGGAGGAGGAGCCUAGCACCCAAGUCUCACCCAGGCCCACUGAUGCAGAAGUGUGGGGCUAUGGCAUCCUGUGUGUGACGCUGAUCUCGCUGUGCUCGCUGGUGGGGGCCAGCGUGGUGCCCUUCAUGAAGAAAACCUUUUACAAGCGACUGCUGCUCUUCUUCAUAGCUCUGGCAAUCGGCACACUUUACUCCAACGCCCUGUUUCAGCUCAUCCCAGAGGCCUUCGGUUUUGACCCCAUGGUCAACUUCUACGUGUCCAAGUCUGCCGUGGUCUUUGGAGGCUUUUACCUAUUCUUCUUUACCGAGAAGGUCCUAAAGAUGCUCCUCAAGCAGAAGCACAAGGGUCACGGACACAGCCAGUACUCGGCGGGCGAGCAAGACACGGAAGAGGGCGAGAGAGAGAAGCUUCAGCAGAACGGCGAGGUCGGAGGUCACGGGGCAAGCAAGCCGGGCGAGGGCGAGCUGAUGCUGCGACCCUCCCAGACGCCGCAGGACGCUCAGAGCGCAGACGGCGGGGGGCGGGGCAGCAGCUGCUAUUGGCUGAAGGAGACGGCCUACUCGGACAUCGGCACGCUGGCCUGGAUGAUCACGCUCAGUGACGGCCUGCACAACUUCAUUGAUGGCCUGGCCAUCGGUGCCUCCUUCACUGCCUCCGUCUUCCAGGGCAUCAGCACCUCGGUGGCCAUCUUGUGCGAGGAGUUCCCCCACGAGCUGGGGGACUUUGUCAUCCUGCUCAACGCCGGCAUGAGCAUCCAACAGGCGCUCUUCUUCAACUUCCUGUCGGCAUGCUGCUGCUACCUGGGCAUGGGCUUUGGAAUCCUGGCCGGGAACAGCUUCUCCCCCAACUGGAUCUUUGCCCUGGCAGGGGGUAUGUUCCUUUACAUCGCCCUGGCAGACAUGUUCCCUGAGAUGAACGAGGUGAGUCGUGAAGAAGAAGAUGCAGGUGGCAGCAGUUUCCUGCUCACCUUCACCAUCCAGAACGGAGGUCUGCUGACUGGCUUCUCCAUCAUGCUGCUGCUCACCACCUACUCUGGACACAUCACCAUGGACUGACUUUUUGUUGUUGUUGUUGUUGUUGUUGUUCUUCUUCUUCUUCUUCUUCUUCUUCUUCUUCUUCUUCUUCUUCUUCUCCUUCUUCUUCUUGUUACCUACCUACUCUGACCUGCUCAGUGGCCUAGUGGUUAGAGUGUCCGCCCUGAGAUCGGUAGGUCGUGAGUUCAAACCCCGGCCGAGUCAUACCAAAGACUAUAAAAAUGGGACCCGUUACCUCCCUGCUAGGCACUAGGCUUCAAGGGUUGGAAUAGGAGGUUAAAUCACCCAAAAAAUGAUUUCCCGGGCACGGAACCGCUGCUGCCCACUGCUCCCCUCACCUCCCAGGGGGUGAUUAAGGGUGAUGGGUCAAAUGCAGAGAAUAAUUUCGCCACAUCUAGUAUGUGUGUAACAAUCAUUGGUACUUUAACUUUUAACUUUCUUCUUCUUCUUCUUCUCCCCCUUCUUCUUCUUCUCCUUCUUCUUCUUCUUCUUCUUCUGCUUCUCCUUCUUCUUCUUUUUCCCUUUCUUCUUGGUCCUAGCAAAGAUUCCUGGUCACACCUGCUGUGGGUAAGAGGACUUGGACCAAGGACUUGUUGGCUGACAAGUGCAGUAAACGCUGAUAUCAGCUUUAUUUCUUCUACCCCAGAAUCUUUUUUUUCUUCUUAAUGAUCAAAUGAAGACGCCCAUCUUUGUUCAGGUUCUUUUUUAAAAACACCAAUACCUGUCAAACUUCAACUGACUUCAUCUCUUUUCUACACACACACAUCACUACAACACACACAUCACUACACCCACACACAUAUCACUGCACACACACAUCACUACACUCUCCCACACGCACACACACACAUCACUACACUCCCCCCACACACACACAUCACCACACUCACACACACAACACUACAGACACACAUCACUAUACACACACACAUCACUACACACACACGGGCACACAAACAUCCCCAUACACACACAUCACUACAUUUGAUCACAUCCCUACACACACAGACACAUCUGUUCACGUACACACAUGGACAUGGGUACACACACACACACAGCGGUCCUCCCUCCCUGUCUCCUCAUCCAAUCAGCAGCCAGGACACAUUGAGACGUGAGUGUCAAAUGAUUGUAUUUGCUGCGCAGGCUGUGUUUUGUUGUGUGUACACUUGUACAACAAAGUGACAACAAACAACUUGUAUUCUGUGUCUUUGUUGACUGGCAAGUUUUUUUUGUGGUGUCUAUAGUAAUUACAUGAUUAUUAUUAUUAGUGUAGCGUGCUGUUUGCACUUCCUAUGGGGGCUAAAAUGCCUUCUUACCUUUUGACAGGUUUUUGUGAGCAGUGUGUGUGUCAUUUAUGAAAGAAGCACAUUAUUUAUUAUUUCAUGUUUAUUUCAUCAAGCUGGACAUUCAAUCAUAAUCAUCUCUCACUAGAUGAUCUUUCCUUUCUUAUUUUAUAAAAUACAUUUUCCAAGAAUA